AUGCCCAACUACGUUCCUGCUGAGCACCAAGUUGAGAAUACUCAGCAAGCAGUUGGCUCUGGUAAUGAUCCUUCGUUAGAAGAGAUCAUUGCCAGGCUUAUUGCGAGCCUAGAUAUAAGCCUUUAUGCCACAAUGAAGCCAGCAUUUAAAAGCUUCCUAGAGAGCUUCGCCAAAUGGCUUAAAAAUAAAGUCAAUCGCGAACAGGGCAUCAACUUUACAAUCCCAGACAUUGAGUUCACACGGCGCGGUGUCAGAGAGGCAUUGAUUACUUUAGGCAAAACAGACUCCUCUCGGGGCCUAAAGUUCUGCGAGGAAUUCCGCAUCUUCUCAAUUUCCCUGGACUGCGGAACACACGGCAGCCGUCAUGGUCUAUUCUCUUGUGUGUGCAAUCCAGGCAAAACAGAUCGCCACCAAUUCUUCGACACAACAAUUUCGACUAAUUGGACAUACGAGGACUACCAUACGUGGUUUGAUUCUCUUAAGGUUAAUAAAAACCACGUAGCUGGAGUAGUCGGAGAUGGUUUGCCAGCCCAGGUUAAAGGACUCUGCCACUGGAGGCCAGAAGGAGCCCUUUUCCCUGGCUUACAAACCGUGUACAUUCGUUGCCUUAACCACGUCUUGAACAAUGCUAUUGUCCACGCACGUAAGCAAUGUCCAUUGUUGAAUGAACUGAUGAAUAGAGUUCAACAGAUUAUCAUUAUCUUUAAGAAUCACGAUAUGAGAGCGAGAUACAAGAUCAGGGUUCCAUCAAUCCCGGAAACUCGCUGGCUAUACAUAUAUGAUACUCUGUUUUUCAUCUUUGAUAAUCUGGAAACAAUUAAUACUGCUUUAAGAAGUGGAGAUCUUCCACUAUCCCUUUCCAGAGCUACACGUGAACAGUUACAAUGGACACGUGAUGGAAUUCCUCCACUCUUUAAAGAUGCUUUAAUGAUAUUCAAGCCAUUAAAGCAACUUCAAUUAUGGCUGAAAUCCAACAAGUCCAUGGGUGCUUAUGCAUUCCUGAUGAUACAACAGUGCCAAGGGAUGUUGGAUGACAUGGCAGGAAGAUUAACGCCAGAUGGUGAAGAGAUUCUCCGAUCAAUCACUACAAUAUUCAAAAAUGAUAUGAAAGAAUAUGGUAGAAUUGAUUUGCUUCGGUUUGCUUUCGGCUUUACACCGUUAGCAAGGAAGAUCAUCAGAGACAAGAAGGGUUUUGGAGGAAAGACAAGCUAUCCACCUAUAAUGCAGUUGAAAGAUGUGCAAGUCCCAACGAUUCCUUCCCUGAGGAUCAUCAAUCGCGAGAUCACAUUUGAGAAACUCGGCGAAAAUUAA